UCUAUAGUUCUAUCUACGCCUCAUUAAUGAAUAAUGAGUCCGAAACACUUCCAAAAGAUAAAGAAAUAAAAAAACAAAAACAAAAACAUGAUCACUUGGCGUCUUCCCCAGAUGCUCUUUGAUAGUAUUUUAUUUUUCAACCGAAAUUCUCCAUGAAUUCUUAUUUUUAGAGAGAGAGGCAGCCGCAGUUUUGUUGAGUCGGUGGUGGAAGGAAGAAGAAGAAGAAGAAGAAGAAGAAGAGUAUGGCGUCAGGGAGCAAGUCCAAACACGUGCAGCAAAUGCAAAAUCAAGCUCAAUCUUCGGGUACAAGUAAUGUUAAUUAUCGCGAUUCAGUGAGCAAAGCUGUUGCGCAGUACACUGUGGAUGCUAGGUUGCACGCCGUUUUCGAGCUGUCGGGCGAGUCUGGCAAGUCUUUCGAUUACUCCCAAUCUGUGAAGACUAUUACCCAGAGCGUUCCCGAGAAGCAAAUCACCGCCUACUUGUCCAAAAUUCAGAGAGGGGGUCACAUUCAACCCUUUGGGUGUAUGAUUGCGGUGGACGAGCCCAGUUUUCGGGUCAUUGGCUAUAGCGAGAAUGCCCGCGAAAUGCUUGGUUUAACGCCCCAGUCAGUUCCCAGCCUCGAGAGGCCUGAAAUCCUCACGAUUGGGACGGAUUUGAGGACCCUUUUUACGCCCUCCAGCUCAGUUUUGCUUGAACGCGCGUUUGGGGCGCGAGAGAUCACCUUGCUCAACCCAAUUUGGAUUCAUUCUAAGAAUUCCGGCAAGCCCUUUUACGCGAUUUUGCAUAGGAUUGAUGUUGGAAUUGUGAUUGACUUGGAGCCUGCUAGGACUGAGGACCCUGCCUUGUCUAUUGCUGGCGCUGUACAGUCUCAGAAGCUCGCUGUCAGGGCAAUUUCCCACUUGCAGUCACUUCCCGGCGGGGAUAUUAAGCUUUUGUGUGAUACUGUGGUUGAGAGUGUGAGGGAGCUAACCGGGUAUGAUCGAGUCAUGGUGUAUAAGUUUCAUGAGGAUGAGCAUGGGGAGGUUGUGGCCGAGAGCAAAAGGCCAGAUUUAGAGCCCUAUAUUGGAUUACACUAUCCUGCUACUGACAUUCCUCAAGCUUCCAGGUUUUUGUUUAAACAGAAUAGGGUUAGGAUGAUUGUUGAUUGCAAUGCCACUCCGGUGCAGGUUGUUCAGGAUGAAUCACUGAUGCAACCACUGUGUUUAGUUGGAUCAACCCUUCGUGCUCCUCAUGGCUGCCAUGCACAGUACAUGGCCAAUAUGGGCUCCAUUGCUUCGUUAACACUGGCAGUUGUUAUUAACGGUAGUGAUGAGGAAGCCGUAGGAGGGAGAAGCUCAAUGAGGCUAUGGGGGUUGGUUGUUGGGCAUCACACUUCUGCCAGGUGCAUCCCUUUCCCCCUCCGUUAUGCAUGUGAAUUUCUUAUGCAGGCAUUUGGUCUGCAGUUGAACAUGGAACUGCAAUUGGCAUCACAAUUUUCUGAGAAGCAUGUUCUAAGGACGCAAACGCUUUUGUGUGACAUGCUUUUGCGAGAUGCCCCCUCUGGCAUUGUUACACAGAGCCCCAGCAUUAUGGACCUUGUCAAAUGUGAUGGAGCUGCACUAUACUACCAAGGAAAAUAUUAUCCUUUAGGUGUGACACCUACUGAAGCCCAGAUAAAGGACAUAGUUGACUGGCUAUUGACUUACCAUGGUGACUCAACUGGGUUGAGCACAGAUAGUUUAGCUGAUGCAGGGUAUCCUGGUGCAGCUUCACUCGGUGAUGCAGUUUGUGGGAUGGCAGUUGCUUAUAUAACUUCAAGAGAUUUCUUGUUCUGGUUCCGGUCUCACACUGCAAAAGAGAUUAAGUGGGGUGGUGCUAAGCAUCAUCCAGAGGACAAAGAUGAUAGUCAGAGGAUGCAUCCACGUUCUUCGUUCAAGGCAUUUUUGGAAGUUGUUAAGAGUCGCAGUUUGCUUUGGGAGAAUGCUGAAAUGGAUGCAAUUCACUCUUUGCAGCUUAUCCUACGUGAUUCAUUUAAGGAUGCUGAGGCAAGCAAUUCUAAGGCUGUUGUGCGUGCUCCGCCUGGAGAAUUGGAGUUGCAAGGAAUGGAUGAACUGAGUUCUGUUGCUAGAGAAAUGGUUAGAUUGAUAGAGACUGCUACAGCUCCCAUAUUUGCUGUAGAUGCUGAAGGGCGCAUAAAUGGGUGGAAUGCAAAAAUUGCUGAGUUGGUAGGCUUGUCGGUUGAAGAAGCUAUGGGAAAGUUGUUGAUUCAAGAUUUAGUUCACAAGGAAUCACAAGAAACUACCGAGAAGCUUCUGUUUAAUGCUUUAAGAGGUGAAGAAGAUAAGAACGUAGAGAUAAAGUUGAGAACAUUUGGCACUGAGGAAGAUAAGAAGGCUAUUUUUGUAGUAGUCAAUGCAUGUUCUAGCAAGGACUAUACAAAUAAUAUUGUUGGUGUGUGCUUUGUUGGUCAAGAUGUUACAGGACAGAAAAUUGUAAUGGACAAAUUUAUUCACAUACAAGGCGAUUACAAGGCUAUUGUACACAGUCCCAAUCCUCUGAUCCCUCCCAUAUUUGCUUCAGAUGAGAACACAUCCUGCUGUGAGUGGAAUACUGCCAUGGAAAAGCUUACUGGGUGGAGCAGGGGUGAAACGAUUGGCAAGUUGCUAGUUGGUGAGGUUUUUGGAAGCUGCUGCAGGCUCAGGGGUCCAGAUGCCAUGACUAAAUUUAUGAUCAUAUUGCAUAAUGCAAUUGGAGGCCAAGACACAGACAGGUUUCCAUUUUCAUUUUUUGACCGAAAUGGAAAGUACGUGCAAGCUCUCUUGACGGCAAAUAAGAGAGCAAAUAUGGAUGGACAGAUUAUUGGAGCCUUCUGCUUCUUGCAGAUUGCCAGUCCUGAAUUGCAGCAAGCUCUCAAAAUCCAGAGGCAGCAGGAAAAUAAAUGCUUUUCGAGAAUGAAAGAGUUGGCUUACAUCUGUCAAGAAAUUAAAAAUCCACUGAAUGGCAUACGCUUUACAAAUUCAUUAUUGGAGGCAACAGAUUUGACAGAAGACCAGAAGCAGUUCCUGGAGACUAGUGCUGCUUGCGAGAAACAAAUGUCAAAGAUUAUAAUGGACGUUGAUCUGGAAAACAUUGAAGAUGGUUCACUUGAGCUGGAGAAAGAAGAUUUUUUUCUUGGGAAGGUAAUAGAUGCCAUUGUUAGCCAAGUAAUGUCGUUGCUGAGAGAAAGAGGUCUCCAACUUAUCCGGGAUAUUCCAGAAGAAAUUAAGACACUGGCUGUGAAUGGCGAUCAAGUGAGAAUUCAGCAGGUGCUGGCAAAUUUUUUGCUAAACAUGGCACGCCAUGCACCAGUUCCAGGAGGAUGGGUAGAAAUCCAAGUUCGCCCUAGUUUGAAGCAAGUUUCUGAUGGCACAAAUGUUGUGCAUACUGAAUUCAGGAUAAUGUGCCCGGGUGAAGGUCUUCCUCCGGAAUUGGUGCAAGACAUGUUCCACAGCAGUCGAUGGGUGAGUCAAGAAGGACUAGGGCUGAGCAUGUGCAGGAAAGUACUAAAGCUUAUGAACGGGGAAGUCCAAUAUAUCAGAGAAUCAGAAAGAUGUUACUUUCUGAUCAUCCUCGAGCUACCAAUCCCCCGAAGAGGUUCAAAGAGUAUUAUUAUUGGCUAGGUUAGCACUACUUAGCAGCAGCAAAAGCAGUAGCAGUGAUGUGAUGUACCUCGUGAAUCCUAUCCUUGGAAUAAUAAGAUUUGGAAGAAGCAAAGGGGAAGGAGGGAGUGGGUUUUCCUCAAGCAAGAAGAGAGACUCCAGUCCCUAAUGGCGCACUAAUCUAACAAAGUUUAAUAAUGAAGCUGCCAGGCACCCGCAGUUUGCCUCUGCCAUUGUUGAAUAUGGUAAUUUCCUUUCCUUUCCUUUUUACUCUGAUCUGAGCCACCCACCCACCCAGCACUGUUGUAUAAUACUAUACUAUUAAACUCAUCCUCCUCCCCAUCUCUACUCUAUCCAACCACCAAAACUAUUCCAUAUGUUUUUAUUUUUGAGGGCGGGCUGCCACUUAUUCUAACAAUAACCACUCUAAUAUGUAAACAAACCUCCUCUUCUUUCAGAUCACAAAUAAUAAAUAUAUAAGUAAAUUUCCCACUUC